AUGAAAGUCAGCCCAAUGACCAGGAUCGAUACACCCAUGAAGGCCAGCCAUAUCGAUGGCCCAGCCAGUCCCAUUAUCCUUGGCUUAAGACAUGAUCGCAAUUAUCUUCGCAGAUCAUGCAUCUCACAAAACUCCCAGAGACGAAGCCAAAGUCACUUCUUUUCUGCGUCUUUGUUCCGACAAGAACCAAAAGACUACACCUCGGUUAUUUCUAAAGACGACGAUAGUAGCAUUGCUUACACUGGUAGCAUUGCCGAAAGCGAUGACGCCGCUGGUUCAACCACAGUCAGUAAGCACAACAAGCUGGAUGCCCAAGUUUACUUUCGCAGCCCUUACACUGUAGCCGGUGCAACCGUCGAUGGAUUUAUUGACCUGAAAUGCAUGGUCGAUGGACAGGUCAGAAUCGGUCGAAUCUGUGUAGAGCUUGUUGGGUAUGAAGAAGUCAACGAUCGCGCAAAGGUCAACACAGAGGAAGCAACCUACAACCAUGAAUUUCUUCAUCAAGUUCAGAAACUGCAGGAUCCCAGCGAUCCAUAUCCUAUUUGCGACUUGAUGAAUAGAGCGAACACGGACAAUGAAUUCUGGUUGAUGGAGAAAGGCCGCGUCGCUCUUCCGUUUAGCAUUACUCUUCCGGCAGAUGUUGGCUCCUCGUUUACAGACAAGGCAGGAAGCGUUAAAUACGUCGUAGCGGCUAAUGUUGAAUUCAUCACCAACGCUAGAGUCAGAACACUCUGUAUCCAGAAACAAUUGAAGGUUCACCAAAACCUCAACCCUCUCCCUGAAGAUCUGGAAUCUUUGCAAAAGACUACUAUUGUCGAGCGUGCUUCAGGAAAGGUUUUCAUGGGAGGUAAUGGCUUGCUAUCAUGCGAAGCUCGGAUAGCCAAAGCGGUUUGGACGGCAGGUACGCCAAUCUCUGUGACCGUCCGUGUUCGAAAUGCAACUUCCAAAAAAGUCAGCAAUGUCAAAUUGGCUCUAAUUCGCCGCAUCAAGACCUUUUGUCUGGACAAAGGUCCUUCCUUGUCUUCUUACAAAAAUGAUGAAUCCGGAGUCAAUAACUUAUCGCCUGUCUCCUUGAUUCGACAAGUCAUUGCCGAGGCCUCAAUGUCCAAAGAGUCGUGGUGGAAUGGCAUCAUUCGCGAUUCCGAGAGCGAAUUCAUGACGGACAUUACCAUUCCUUCCGAUGAACAUACACUACGAAACCGUACUAUUGUUCAGAUAUCCCACGUCUUACAAGUAACCUUAUCCACUUCAUUGACUAGCGAGGUAUCUUUAGAGUUACCGCUGGUCAUUCUUCAUCCUGUGUCCCUGGAGCCACCACCGCAACUCUUUAUGCAAUCUUCUUUGGCAGCGCGUGCACCUAUUGGCCUUAGCGCAUUGACACGUUUGGCUGCAUCCAUGACUUGCGAUACUUCCGUACAGACAGGCAAAGAAGAUACUGCCGAGUUGUCCGCUUCAGCAUCUUCCACAGCUACAUCGCCUAUGGUUGCAUCACCAAGAUCGGUGGAGAAUGUGGAUGGCAAGGCUAAAGGGCCUGCUACAAUUGUUGUUGACGGUAAUGGUGAACCACAUUUUACUGACCUCAGCUGGGCUGCUAACGCCGUCAAUAAUGCUGGUAAUGCAACAGCCGCACGUUGAUUACCCUCACUUCUGAUCUAUUAUACUCCUCAUCUCCUGCGUCAUUAGACAUUGGAAAAGUAAUACCCAUUUUUUCCGUAUUAGUGCAAUUAAAAUAAAUCAAUCAAUAAAUAAAU